AUGAUGUCCCACGCACUUUUCUUCUUCUUGCUCAUCUCUAUAUAUUCAACAGUCAAAGUCAGCAGCGCCUCUACACCGGCGUACACCGCCACAGAACUAAUCCUCCUUUGCUGCGGUGCAUCAACAAUCACAACCGACAUCAGCCACCGGAGUUGGGACAGCGAUCAAGGUUCAAAAUACGUACCAUCAAACGCCCCCUCCAUCUCUUCAGCUUCUGAUGCUUCCACUAUGGAAUCUUCGGUUUUUGCAGUCCCUUACAAGACUGCUCGUGUUUUCCACUCCCCUUUGACAUACACUUUCCCCCUCAGUGGAGGCCAGAAAUUCAUUCGCCUUUACUUUUACCCCAACAUUUAUUCCAACGUCGACACUAAUCCAUCUUUAUUUUCUGUCAAGGCGAAUGCCUUCACCCUCUUUCAGAACUUCAGUGCUUUCCUUCAUUCCAGACAUAUACAACAACCUGCUUUUAUGAUUGAAUUCAUUGUUAACAUUGGAGCAACCCAAACACUUGAAUUAAUCUUCACCCCUAAUCCAAACUCUUCUGCUUUUGUAAAUGGAAUCGAAAUUGUGUCUAUUCCUGAUAAACUCUUCACCCCUAAUUCAAACUCUUCUGCAUUUGUAAAUGGAAUCAAAAUUGUGUCUAUUCCUGAUAAACUCUACUUCGGGGAAGAAGGCGAGCAAAUGAAUUUUGAGAAUGGCUUGUUUAAUGGCAUGAAUGUAGGCGGCGGUAGGGUUGCAAUAGAAGAAGAUAGUGGCAUGUUUCGGGGCUGGAGUCCUGAUGACGACUACAUAUUCUGCUGCGAUAAUGGGUGGACGCCGCAUAACGAGGGAAUUGUGAUCAAGUACAACAACCGCACUCCUGCCUGUACUGAAGUAUACACCUCUGCUAGAACAAUGACCAACAUCAGCUUAAGUUUAGAGUGGGCAUUUCCCGUUGAUUCUCGAUUCUUCUAUCUGCUCCGCUUCCACUUCUGUGAAUUUGUGUGGGGGAUUGAAAAGGCAUACCAAAGGGUGUUUCCUAUAGCGAUCAACAAUCAGAUAGCAGAUAUUGAAGUCGACGUCUUCUCCUUGGCCGGCGGCCGUGAUAUUCCCAUCUUCAGAGACUACAUAACAUGGGUUCCUGAUGAUGGAUAUCGUGGAAGGCAAGAUCUGUUGCUAUCUUUGGGUUACACUGGUUUUAACGCGUUUCUAAAUGGCUUACAAAUUUUCAAACUCAAUGGUUAUAAACGAAGUUUUGCAGCAUCCAACCCUCAACUCAAGAUCCAUCGACUGCCAGCGUCAGUAGCGGUGAACCCGACAACAAAGCAGAAAAACCAUGUUGUGAUUUACACUGUGGUGAGGAGUGUUAUCAGCAUAGUUGUGGUGGUUACAGCGGUGAUGUUCUUGAUUAUCCGGCGGCAGCGGAAAGUGAAGAACGCGGGCACGAGGUCCACUGAGGAAACUAGUGGAUCAGCCGUCUCCCUAACUUCAGAUAUAUGCAGAUACUUCUCCCUCAACGAGAUCAAAACUGACGACAACUUUGUCAUCGGCAGGGGAGGCUUUGGCAACGUUUACAAAGGCUAUAUCGACAACGCAGCCACCACCGUCGCAAUCAAAAGGCUCAACUCCACUUCCAACCAAGGCGCUAGCGAGUUCCUUACCGAGAUCGACAUGCUCUCAAAGCUUCGCCACCGGAACCUAGUCUCCCUCAUCGGCUAUUGCGACGACAAGGGAGAGAUGAUCCUGGUGUACGAUUACAUGGCUCACGGCACCCUCCGCAACCACAUCUACAACUCCGAAAACUCACCCUUAAUGUGGAAGCAGUGCCUCCAAAUCUGCCUUGGGGCUGCCAAGGGACUGGACUACCUCCACAGUGGCACCAAGCACUCCAUCAUUCACCGCGACGUCAAGUCUACAAACAUCCUACUUGACGAGAAAUGGGUGGCAAAAAUCUCGGAUUUCGGACUCUCCAAAAUGGGACCAAAAACUGAUUCAUUCACCCACAUCAGCACCAACGUUAAAGGCACAUUCGGAUAUUUAGAUCCAGAGUACUUCUCGACGUGUAAACUGACGAGAAAAUCUGAUGUGUAUGCUUUUGGAGUGGUUUUAUUCGAAGUUGUAUCGAGAAGAGGUGCAGUGGACAUGAGACUUGAGGAGGAGAAACAUAGCCUAGCCGGAUGGGCUCGGCAUUGCAUACGAGAGGGAAAAUUGGAUGCGCUGAUUGAGAAGAGCUUGAUGGUGCAGAUUUCAGAAGGCUGUUUGGAAGCGUUUGUUGGAAUUGCAGGAAGAUGCUUAGAUUUGCAGCCACAUCAGAGGCCUGAUAUGGGAGAUGUAGUUAAAGGCCUUGAGUUAGCCAUGACUUUACAGCAGGAGAAACAUCAAGUUGAAGAAGAUGUAACUGCUUGAUCAGUCUUAACAAUAUUCAAUAUAGUAAGAUGUACUUGAAGGGCUUCCUCAUAUAAGUUUGGAAGAUAUUUAGGACCUCUUGGGAGUGUAUAUGUUUGAAUUGAUUCACUUCUCCAUUCAGCUUCAAUUGUAGAUGGAGCAAAAUCUUGAGAUUUAUAGAGUCACCCUAUAGAUGUGGGCCGCUCAAUAGCAACUUUAGCUCAUAUACCUUGUUUAUAGCGAUCA